AUGACUACUCCCAUCAAAAGCCCAGCGCAGAAGAAACACAAGGGAGACGAAGGGGUCGACGAAGACUUGCAGCUGAUUGCAGUGAGCCAGAGUCUGCCCCCACAGUCGGUCACUUUGAGUGCUAUUGAACAGCUAUUGGACAGGAAACUUGAUCCCAUGCACGGGUUUCUUCAACAGAUUCAUUUCGACCUCAAUGCCUUCAAAGAAUCCGUGCGAGUUGAGUUGGAAACGGUGGGUCUUCGCAUCACGGAGACGGAGAAGAAAGUUGCAGAAACCAUGACCCGCAUAGAGGAGUUGGAACGAGAGAUGGGGAAGAUGAGGGCUUCAUCUCGUCAGGAAGUUGGUAAUUCGAAGUUCCUGUCUAUGGUUGUCGGAAAUAUUCCCGAGGUGUCGUCCCUGGAAGAAGCAAAGGUGUGGUUGAAUAAACAUUGUGUCAAAUCUGGUCUUACCCCUCCGGGCCCUAUGGAUGUGUACACGAAAGGUCCAUUUUCCAACCUCAUCUUCGUCAAGUGCCAAAGUGAGACGCAUCGUGACUGCUUCAUCCAAAGCACCAGGGAUUUCUCCAAAUUACAUCGUGAUUCAAACCGAGGUGAAGUUGCGUCUUCUCAGCUUUUCGCCAAGGUUGAUUUGCCUUUUGAGAUUCGCACCGUCGAGGGGGCUCUCUACGCCAUGAAGAAAAUGCUCAUCUCGUGGAAUUUCAAUGCGUUGGAAAUCAAGUAUGAUAUUCACAUAGGUGUUCUUGCAGUUGGGGGAAGGGAGAUUGUCAAAGUACGUGUGCAAGAUUUCUCCUUGAAGUUCGAAUGGUGUGACGGCGAGUGGCAAACUUGGGAAGAACUGCAAGACUCCCCAGAGAUGGCCGACAUCGCAAGCAAAGCCCAAACCCGUUUGGAGAAAGCCAAAGCCAGGGCCUCUAACAAGGGCAAGGGCAAAGGCCCCGAGUAG